CUACGACGUCCAGGAUGCCCUCUCUCCGCGCCAGGGUCCAACCCCAGGAGUCAUCGCGGUGGGUGGAGGGAAAGGGUUCUGGCUGCCUCAGACAUUUCUUCCCUCUCUUCAGACCUUCAGCGCCGAAGGCUGAGCCGACGUCAGCAACAACCUCCCAGCCACCCGCGUCUUCGAAUCGGCCUUCAUCGCCCGCCGGUCAACAUACCUCGUCCUCGAAUCAGGCCCCAUUAAGGGCUGGAGGUUCUCAUGCUACUUUGACAGAUCCUUCAAGUGUGUCCCAACGCCCCACCUCCCCACCUUCCAGUCCACUCCAGGACUCCGAGACUCUAAGCAAAGAGCCCUCAAGCUUGAUCCGUGUUCCGUCGUCUUAUCUCCUACAAGCCUCUCCUCCAAAGCAAAGGACAGAUGACCCUGUCUAUACUACCUGUUUUUCUAUAGCAGUCCCACCAUCUAUCUUAAAUGCUUCUGUGCCACCAGUAAACGGUCUCUUCAAAAAUACUUUAAAUCUCAACAAAGACCUAACACUUACUCCAAAUACUCUAUCUCCUACUGCUGACAUUCCUUCAGACCCAAAAGAGGAUCCAGCAGCAUCACCUUUCCUUGGACGCUCUUCACCACCUCCGAGAAAAGACUCCCCACAUACAGGCUUGGAACCGCCACCUGGCAGCGCCGACUCACCGCCUUUGGCCAGGAAUUCCCUACCCGUUCAGCCGGGACGUCCUCCUGCCGACACCGCUCGCUGGGUUAUGGGGAAGGGGGCGGGGCGCCUACAGGGGUUCGCCGCCAAGCCCGCAAGUUCCCACAAGAAAGAUAAUAGUAGAAGAGCUUCCCUCAGUUUAUUGCCCCAAAGCAAGAAAAGCUCGGUGAAAACGAAGAAGAAAUCGAGGAAGUCCAAGAAGAAGAAGAGAGGAGUCGUCGAGAUGUCGAGGAGGAGCUCCCUUCAAAGGUCGCAAAGUGACACCGCCCUCUAUCUACCGCCGACACACCACAACAACUACGCCCACCAGACUCUGAAACUCAAGUCAAACCAGGUCAUAAUCUUCAGAGACAGAGCUGCGACCAAAAAUGGCAUGAAGGGCUCGCGUCCAUCCACGCCCCUACCAAGCAUUAUCCUCACCCUGCCCGAGGCGCAACGAAGAUCCAGGAGGUUAAGCAAGCAAGAGAAUGACAGGCCUAAAAGCGUAAUACAGGGCAAGGGCAAUAUGACAAAAGUCCCUAGUCUGCCUAAUAUUCGGUCUCAAUAUGUGGCACCCAGGAGCUUUUCCUCCUACAGAAGAGACUCCACUGGCCGGCCGACGACUCCCAAAGCUCCCAGACGCAGACUAUCGAAUGCAUCACAAAAUCCGACCAGGCAAAAAUCAAAGCCCGUCAUUUCUACACUCAGAAGAACAGCAACAAGUCAAAAUAGACGCCACGGAGCCUUGUCAGCCGACACGCUCAACGCAGCGAAUCGCCAGCGCUUCACGAAAAGCUCGAGAGCCUCGCGCCGAAGGAUUCCCGAGCAAGUCCAUCCUGAGCCACAAGCUCCUGAGAUUGUCGAUUCGCCUCCUACUCGCCUGCGCUCGGCCACAAGCGCAGUGACUGCGACCUACAUACAGAACUUGCGAAAGGAGCGGCAGGACCGGUACGCUCACCUACUGGCGUCGGCGACCGGGCGAGCUAACACCCCACGUCCCGGAGGCCGACCUGAAGACGACCUUUCUCCACUGUCCCUGGGUGAGCAGGCAAAGACACCAACAUUCUCAAGAAGCAUUUCAAAAGCAAGCUUUGAACAAGAGUUUCCUGGCAGGAGUCAGGACCUUGCAUUGGUUCAUGGCGAGUAUGUACACUGAAAGUUUGUUCUUCUAAAGCAAUCUUAACCACAGACUAAAUACUGUAUAGCUGAUCAUAAAGUUAAAUAUUAUAUACAGAAUUUAAUAUAAAAACGUAUCCCAAGUGAAAAUUCAUUCAUAUUGUAGCUAUUUCUUUCAUUUUCAUGCAAUCAUUUAUUUCUACCUUACAAUAUGGAAUAAUCUGCUGGCAGUUAUAUUGAAAAUCUGAAGAAUAUUUGCCAAUGAGAAUUUUGUACUAUGUAUAUAAAUAAUGAGUUUCCAUUUGAAAUGUCUGAAUAAAAAAUUGUAU